CUCAUGCCACGGAAGGCCUUGGCUGGGCCCGCGGAGGGGGACGCUCGCAGGGCUGCCGGCCAUCGAGCUUUCUGCCGCCACCCCCGGCGGCCCGGUGCGCCCACGGAGAAGGGCUCCGUUCAGUCCCUCCGGGCGCUUCCCGCCCCCGCAGCAAAGGAGGGACGAGAGCUGUCGCUGUCGCUGCUGCCCCGGCUCGGGUGGCUGUGCCCUCCGCCGCCUGCGAUGAGACGGAGAAAGCGGCCAGGCCUGCGCUGUCCAGCAAGCGCCCCCCCCCCGGGCAGCAGCCGUGCCCGCUCACCUGGCCUGCGGUCGGAGAACAAGCCGCUUCCCUCCCCGAGCUGCCGGGGCCCUGCCUGGAGCAAGCGCGGCGCCCCCCGUCCAACCGAAGCCCCCGCAGGCACCGGCAGCAGCAGCGGCGGCGGCGGUAUUUUUAGCAGUCGCCUCCACCGCCGGGCCUGGAGAAGGAGGAGGAGCCGCUGGCCGUGCCAGAAGGGGCGGCCCUUGCUCAAGCCAGGUCUGGAAGCAGAGUUGCUGUUCCACUUCCAGCUUAGAGCAAAACAGCAAUGACUGAGCGCACCCAUAUAUGGCAAGGCCCUCUUCAAAACAUAGAAUGCAGAACGGCAUCAACAGCCCUUUUCAUUGUGCCACAGCACCCUUGAGUCACCCCAAGUGGAGAACUGCUUCUGUAUUUUACUUCUGAUGUAUCUAAAGGCAUCCCUGGUAGGCUGCUAUAAGGUCUAGUGGGAUAUCAGAGAGUGCUGUGCACCUUAAAAAUACAAAAAAACCCUAUGACUACUACCAUCUAUUAUUUAAUAAUACAGUACAGUAACAGUAAUUAAUAUCAGCUCUAGAAUUUGCUCCUUAAAUUUGUUCUUCAACUUCCCACACUGUAAGCUUCAUAUUUGGGUUUGCCAGACUUUUUUCUCUUUGGUAGAAAACAGACUUUCCUCUGCAGUAAGCCAGCCACACCUUGUCUGGGACUUUAGAAAAGGGACAAUCUAAAUGAUGUA